AUCUCCACUCUCUUCUUAUUUCUUCUUCCCCUUGUGUGCUUCUCUUCUCUAACCUCACCCGCUCCUGCUCCCCUCGAAUCUGAGCUGACCCACUCUACUCCACCACUCAGCAAGCUGUACCCACGAGAGCGCGCGACCACGCAUACCGUCGGUAGCCCACUCUGCUGCGCGACCUCCGAAGCGAAGCGCCAGAUUUGAUUACCUCGCUGUCCGAGGAGGUCGCAGCUCGACCGGCGCCGGGCACAACCUGAUUGGAUCGGAUCCGUGGACCUUGGCAUAGGUCAUUCUGGUUCUUGGAGGUUAUUGCUAGCCCAUCUCGAAUUAGAUAUGGAGGCAGAGAAGAAGUCGAAGGAUGAGUUACAUCUCAAGAUUAAGAGUAAGGACAAGUCCUCGGUGAAUGAGGAGGACGAGAAGAAGGAGAUCGAGAUAGAAAUCGAUGCAAAGGUUGUGGAGAAGGAAGAGGUGUCCAGUGAUGGUUCAAAGUCUGCAGGCAAAGUUAAGGAAACUAAAAAAGACAAAGAAAAGGAAGGGGAAAACAAGUCAGAGAAGCAUGUAGAUGAACAUGAAGAAGAUCAGAAGGCGAGUAAGAAGAAGGAAAAUAAGAAGGCAGAGAAACAUGAAGAUGGUAAGAAGGAAAAGAAGAAGUUAGAGAAGCAUGAAGAUGACGGGAAGACAAGUAAGAAGGAUAAAAAGGAGAAGGAUGAGAAAAAGAAAGAAGAUGGCGAAGGCUCAGAAAAGGAGAAGGCCAAGAAAGGGAAAGAUAAGAAGAGCGAGAGCAAAGAGAAGGAUAAAAAUAGCGUCAAGGAGACUGGAGCUGAUGCAGAUGACAGUAGCCCCAAGAACAAAAAGAAGGAGAAGGACAAGGCAAAGAAGAAGGAUGAAAGCGAUGAAAAACAAGAGAAAGACAAAGAGGAACAUGAGAACAAGAAGAAGCAUGUAGAAGUGGAUCAGGCAAGAGAAAUCAAGCUACAAGAUAAUGAGUCGGCGAAGAAAGAAACUGAUGCUUCUGAAGAGAAGAAGGAUGGCACGGACAAAGCAAAGGAUAAAAGAAAGAGAGACAGUGCGAAGAAGCAAGAUGAACAUAAGGAAAUCGGUGACAAGGACGAACAAGGUAACAAGAAAGAUACAGAGAAGAAGGACAAGAAGAAAGAUAAAACCGACAGGAAGGGGGGAGGCAAGAAGAAGGAUGGCGAUGAUGAGAAGGAAGAAGGUAAGAAGGACAAAGAAGCGAAGGAGAAGAAGAAAGAUAAGACCGACAAGGAAGAAACUAAGAAGAAAAAGAAGGAUGGUGAGGAUGGGGAGGAAGAAGGUAAGAAGAAAGACAAAGAGAAGAAGAAACACAAGGGCGGCAAGGAGAAGACCAACGAUCCGGCAAAGCUUAAGAAGAAGCUGGAGAAGAUCGACGCAAAGUUACAAGACCUACAUGCUGAAAAGGAAGACAUCCUAAGGCAGCUGAAGGAGAAGGAGCUCGAAGAGGGAAUGACCACUGAAGAGAAGAAGCCUGUACAGAUAGUGGAAGCGAGUGGCAAGGCCAAGUCCAAGGAAGAUGAUCUUGUUACUGCACCCUGAUCUUCUGGAAAUCUUUGACUUGUUGACACUUGCUGUGAUUUUAUAUGGUUGUAACGCGAAUAAUUUCUGAUCUGGGUACGUGCACACGUUUCUGUGUGCAGUACAGAACUCUCUCUAUAUACAUAUACAGCUUGAGUGUAAGAAUAUAAACGCCCAGAAAAAUAAAAUAAACCCAUUAAACAUGUU